UCUGUUAUGUCAGAUGAGACGGAAAUUCAUCUAGUUUAUUUUAGUUAAAUGUUUACAUCGAUUGUUUUAUAAUCACUGUAAACUAGAUUAUUUCGAGUCAACCAAUGACUUUUGGCAAGGAUUACGCCUUAAAUUUUAUGACCUGCCUUAACAAUAAUGGCCAAUAUUUAUUUCAGACGAUGACAGAAAAUAGGAAAAGAUCUCGGGAAGAUGACACGUGCGAGUUUAUGCCGCUAUCAAAACGAAUUAAUAAUUUGCACAUCAACAACGGUCUUGUCAACACAAGUGCAUCUCAAUCACGAGAUUCUAGUCAAGUAAAUAGUAUUAUAAUUGACAAUGGCAUAUCAUCGCCUAGUUCGUCGUCUGAUUCUAUGGAUAAUAGACGUCCCAGCUAUGACCCUGGAAUAAAUUCGUCGCAGAGCGAUUAUUAUUAUAACAAUAAAUUGUUAUUUGAAUUACACCUUGAAAGGAUACAAAGAUCUGGUCAACAAUUUCCAUUUUAGUUUUUAUAUAAGGUUUGUUUUUAAUGUAUUCUGUAAUUUAGGUAGCAAUUAUUUAAUAAAGAUGUACCAUUUGAAAUAAAGAAAUGUUGAAAAUUC